CCUUUUUCUCAUCAUCCCCGCUCCCUUAUAAGGGGGAAAAGAAUUCCAAAGAUCCAAUCUUUCCUUCCUUCCUCUCUUCUUCUCUCGUGAGCCUCCCGGAAGAGAUAAAGAAAGAAGCCAUCUCUUGCCCCCAUCUCGAAGAAACGAAGCGAAGAUGUCUUCUCCGAGCAAGCGCCGCGAGAUGGACCUGAUGAAACUGAUGAUGAGUGAUUACAAGGUGGAGAUGGUGAACGAUGGGAUGCAAGAAUUCUAUGUCGAUUUCCAUGGCCCGAAUGAGAGUCUUUAUCAAGGGGGCGUGUGGAGAAUCCGGGUGGAAUUGCCUGAUGCUUAUCCUUACAAAUCUCCAUCCAUUGGUUUUGUUAAUAAGAUUUAUCAUCCAAAUGUUGAUGAAAUGUCUGGUUCAGUUUGUUUGGAUGUCAUCAACCAGACCUGGAGUCCCAUGUUUGAUCUUGUUAAUGUUUUUGAAGUAUUCCUUCCACAACUUCUGUUGUAUCCUAAUCCUUCUGAUCCAUUGAAUGGGGAGGCUGCAGCAUUAAUGAUGCGUGAUCGACCUGCAUAUGAACAAAAAGUAAAAGAAUAUUGUGAAAGGUAUGCGAAGCCUGAGGACAUCGGUGCUCCACCAGAAGACAAAUCAAGUGAUGAAGAGCUGACCGAAGAUGAAUAUGACUCCAGUGACGAGGCAGUGGUUGGUAAUCCAGAUCCUUAGCUUGCCUGAUCCCCUUGUACAUGUUUCAGUUUCUCACAAAUUAAACUGAUUUCUCUGUCAGCUUCAUGUGUCAUUGUAAAUAAGUUUACUCAUGUUAAAUGUUAUUUAUAAAUGUUUGGUGAUUGAACUGUUCAACCAGUCAAAGUAUGCAAGAAAUGUUUCAUUUUCUCCAA